ACAAUACAACCCCCAACCCCUGCCGCAAACAGUGACGAAGAACUAAAUUUCGACAUCCAACAAGUCACAGAAUCAAUACCAGAUACAAUACCAGAAGAACAAAAACAACCAACCCCAGAAAUACCAAAUCACGUCAAACCAGAAACCGAAGAACCGGGGAAAAAGUUUGAAGACAUCAAUAGAACGAAAAAGCUUAGUUUGACUGAAAAACCUCCGAGGAAAAUAUCUACGAGAUCAGUAAAUGAACAUAAGAUAGAAAUUAUCAAGAAAGAGCCUACAAAUCCUUUUGAUGACGAUGAGGAUGAAGAAGAGGAGUCUGUUGAAAGUUCUGCGAAUUUAAAUGGUGAUGUUCCCAAUAGCAAGUUCUCGGUUCGCAGAGUUUCGGAGCCUGAUGAGAAGUUAACAAAUGGUGAUGAUACGACAACUCAUGUUUCAAAUGGUCAUGUCAAGUCUGAAAACUUUGCACGAAGAGUUAGUGAUCAAUUGGUAAACAAUAGUGAACCAGACAGUCCUAUAGUAAACCAGCCUAAGAAGACUUCUUUGGAGCAUCUACCAGUCGAUUUUCAUCCAGUGCCUCCAGCAAGAAGACAAUCACAACCACUUGCGGCCCAGCAAUUUUUAGAACAAAGAAAGAAUCUUAAAAUCCCUGUAUCAACUUUGGCAGUCACGAUGCCUGGUACGGAACCUCCGACGCCUCCAAAAAGGCGUGUAAGUAUUGCAAGUGAUCCUGUGAGUGUUGCACAUUGUCCUAGUGGUCCUGGAGGAUAUGACAAUCCUGCUUUUGAAGGAUCUUUGCACCCAAGGAGAAAGAUUUCUGGAGUAUCCCAGCAUUCAACACACGAAGACAUUGGUCCAGUAAGGAAAAAAAGUAUUCUGCACAACGCCCAGCAGCAUUCUGGGUCUACAGAACAUGAUAUUUACCACACAGAUAUUCGGCACAAUGGUGGUUCGAUGCGUUCCAACAAAUCAUCGAUAGCCAAUAGUGUAUAUUCCAAACACGAACAAGAAGCCUUGGAAUCUUCUUGGAUUUAUGUGUGUUGUUCAAAAUGCAGAGGAGAAGAAUCUGCAUCAUCCUGGGAACCUCCACAUUGGCAAAAAAUUUGCCCAUAUCCACUUUGCCCAAGUUAUAGACAGUUUGCUAGGCUGACGUCAUUAUUCUUAUUAGGUUUAUUAAUAUGGGGAGUAGUCUAUGCAAUUUUGGGAGACACAGCAGCUCCUGGAGGUGCUUUAUUCGGUUUGGCAGCCCUAACAGUUGCUGCCCAUUUUGGAGGCUGGCUAAUAUCUCUGACUACAUUGCCAGCACUUAUUGGAAUGUUGGUUGUAGGGAUAAUAUUCCAGAAUGUAGGUCUAGUCGACUUAGGCCACGAGAUGCACCACCUGGUCGUCGAAUUGCGCAAAUUCGCCCUAGUUAUAAUAUUGACCAGAGCUGGUUUAGAGAUGGAUCCUGGUGCUUUCAAAAAACUUUACGGAGUCAUUUUGAAAUUAGGUCUAAUACCAUGGACUGUUGAGGCUGUGAUCAUGGCUGUCAUGUCGCACUAUCUUUUAGAUUUGCCUUGGAUGUGGGGACUUCUAUUAGGAUCGAUAGUAGCUGCAGUUUCCCCUGCAGUAGUAGUCCCAUGUCUGUUCAGGUUGAGAGGAAAGGGUUAUGGUGUAGCCAAAGGAAUUCCAACACUGAUCAUAGCCGUUGCUGGUAUCGAUGAUGCUGCCUCAGUAGCUGUUUUUGGAAUAAUCAGCAGCAUCAUGUUUUCAUCAGACUCACUAGCAUUCCAGAUCGCCCAAGGCCCAGUAUCAAUAAUCGGAGGCAUAGGAUUUGGUGUCUUCUGGGGUUGGUUAGCAAAAUACGUCCCUGAAAAGGGUGACCCUUUCGUGGUACCUUUGAGGACGUUGAUGUUAUUUGGAGGCGGUUUGAUCGCUGUUUUUGGAUCAGAAUCCAUAGGAUUUGAAGGUGCUGGUCCUUUAGCAGUAGUUGCUGCAGCUUUUGUCAGCUGUUACUUUUGGUCCCAACAAGGUUGGGAAGUCGAAGACAAUCCUGUAUCGACAGCUUUUGAAAUAUUUUGGAUGAUUUUUGAACCGAUUCUGUUUGGUAUCACCGGUGCAGGGAUAAAGAUUAACGAAUUGGAUGGAUCCAUAGUAUCUUUAGGUGUUGGAUGUCUGAUAACAGGUAUACUUGUUCGUAUAGUCUGCACUGUAAUUGUAGCCAUCAGAUGUAGAUUGAACCUUAAAGAGAAAUUCUUUGUGGCUUUGUCUUGGAUGUCAAAGGCAACAGUACAAGCAGCUCUUGGUCCAGUAGCAAUGGCAACUUUGCAAGACAAUGGAUCUGAAGAAGACAAACGAAGGGCUGAAAUCGUCCUUAUGGUUUGCGUAAUGAGCAUCAUAGUAACAGCUCCCUUAGGAGCAAUUUUGAUCUCUUUGAGUGGACCAAGGUUGCUCACGAAAACCAGACAACCACAAAUCAUAGAAGGUUGGCGAAGAAGUCAUCGUCCUUCCAUUCGUGAUAUCAGUAUCAUCGAUGAGGAAGAAGAACGUGAUGAUUUGGAUGAUGAUAUUCCACCAUCUGAAUAUACAGAGGCGACUGCUCAAAAUACGACUGCAAAUGCACAAAAUUCGUUCCAACGAUCUGGUGUCGUAGAACUUGGAAGACCUUUACCCAACUAUGAAGCUUAGAUGGUAAACCGAAUUGUUUAGUGGUAAAAUCAGUUGAAACUUAAAAACUGUUGGUACUGUUUCUGGUGUAGAUAGUGGUAAUGGACAAUAAUCUUAAAAUUUAGUUUAAUCAUCAAAUUAUAGGAACAUAAAGAAAAUAAAUAGAACAAGAGCAUAAAUAAAAUAUAUAAGUAUGAGAUAUAUAUGGAAAAAUCAAUUAAGUAAUAUUUGUUAAAUUAGAAUUGUUUCUUAAGUAUGUA